GUGUGUCGCCGUGUGACGUCACGGGGAGUGCUGCUGCUGCUGCUCAAGCGGUUGUCCGGUACUACAGUUCCUCCGCGAGCGCUCGGAGUUGAACAGAUAGACUCUUCCUCGAGACUCGACCUUUGAGACCGACACACUGCAGUAUUGCAGCCGAGCGCCACAGUAAGAAGAUGCCACUGGGUGAUGAGUGCCAUGACUGGAAAAAGAAGACCACGGACGUGAAGGAGAACUACGACUUCAAAGACGUGCUGGGAACGGGAGCUUUCUCCGAGGUGGUCCUGGCCGAGGAGAAGAGGACCCAGAAGCUGGUGGCCAUCAAGUGCAUCCCUAAGAAAGCCCUGGAGGGCAAGGAAAACAGCAUCGAGAACGAGAUUGCCGUCCUGCAUAAACUCAAACAUGCCAACAUCGUAUCUCUGGAAGACAUCUUUGAGAGUAAAUCCCACCUCUACCUGGUCAUGCAGCUGGUUUCUGGCGGGGAGCUGUUCGACCGCAUCAUAGAGAAGGGCUUCUACACUGAGAAGGACGCCAGCAAACUCAUCCAACAGAUCCUGGAUGCUGUGAAAUACCUCCACGACAUGGGCAUUGUCCACCGGGACCUCAAGCCGGAGAACCUGUUGUACUACAGCAUGGACGAGGACUCCAAGAUCAUGAUAAGUGACUUCGGCCUGUCCAAGAUCGAGGCCUCUGGCAGCGUCAUGUCCACGGCCUGCGGAACGCCGGGAUACGUCGCUCCGGAAGUCCUGGCUCAGAAACCGUAUAGCAAGGCAGUGGACUGCUGGUCUAUCGGAGUCAUCGCCUACAUACUGUUGUGUGGCUACCCUCCCUUCUACGAUGAGAACGACUCUAAACUCUUUGAGCAGAUCCUCAAGGCAGAGUAUGAGUUUGACUCUCCGUACUGGGACGAUAUCUCAGAAUCCGCCAAAGACUUCAUAGUUCACCUGAUGGAGAAAGACCCAAAGACACGCUACACCUGUGAACAGGCCCUGCAGCACCCAUGGAUUGCAGGCGACACGGCCCUGGACAAGAACAUCCAUGAGUCUGUCAGCGCGCAGAUCAAAAAGAACUUCGCCAAGAGCAAGUGGAGGCAAGCCUUCAACGCCACGGCGGUGGUGCGCCACAUGCGUCGCCUGCAGCUGGGGACCAGCCUGGAGGGACCCAACCAGCCCAGCAUGCUGCUGCCAGAAGAGCUCACAGAGUCCCAGUCGGAGGGCGGCUGCUGCCAGAGUUCAGAGGGUGCUGAUGAGUCUGAGUCUCUGUCCCCCUCCUACCGCUGCCACACCACCAGCAGGGUCUGAGGGCCCACCCAGCCACCUGAUCGACCCCAGUGACCCUCCUUUUUUACACCUGGGCGACCCCCGAGGCCUCUGCUUCUGCCCCACCACCCGUCGUAGGGUUGCUCGCCUGCAGGGGGGGGGGGGGGGGGGGGGGAAACGUAGGAUGAGGCAAGGUUGAUGAAAAUAAUUGUUGCUGGUCGUCGGGGGGUUGAUAGUGAGGUCGACGAUGAGGAUGAUGAUUGUGAUGAUGCUGACGACGUUGCUUCAGGAGUCGACUUUCACUGACUGGAUGAUAGCAAAGGAUCAGAGGAUGGCUGGUUGGGGGGGAGAGGCAAUGAUGCUCCCCCAGCCCUGGUGUAUCAUGGGUUUUUGUGUUUUUUUCCGCAGUAGCAGGACAGAGCUUGUUUGAGUCAGUUUUAUUGAUUCAGCGCGCCGCUUAUAUUUCAUGUUUAUUUUUUCUUGACAUAAAUAUAUUUGUUUCAUCCCCCUCCUUUCCUAUUAAACCUUUGCAUAUGAGAGCAUUAACACAUUCUUAUGAGCCCAGUGCAUAAGUUUCUAUCACAGUCGUGCGUCCCGUCUGCAUUGAGACAUAUAGAUAUAGAUAUAUAUUGCAGUAUUACAUCCGAAAAUGCGACUUCAGAAAAAUAUUAGAUUUUAUGAACAGACUAUUAUUUUUUUCUACGUGAGCAGGGAUUGGCUGCACUUUGUGAACAUCCAAAGGGUGGUCGUCUCCCAUGAGGAGCAGCAUGGUGGUCAUUCACAGGGCUCCCCCUCCCUCCUUUAUCUCUUUACUAACACACAUGGGUCUCUCGUUGUCUACCGUGCCUUUAGGAUAAACAAGUUGGCCAGAUUCGUUUCACUGGUAGUUUCUAAACCAUGCAGCUCUUCUUGCUGAAUUUAGUCCUAACUUUUUUUUCAUAUAUAUAUAUAUAUACAUAAGAUACUUUUCUUUGUAACGACUAAGUGCAGGGACGUUAUCCCCUCAAAACAUUGUUGCAUGGAGACCGUUGUAAAUGGCGGCCAUUGUUGUGGUUUCAUGAGGUUUAGGGUUGAACCUAUGUUUCCCCAUGUUUCCACGUCUUGCUUCAUUAGAUAGAAAACAACAGAAUACCAGAGGCUUCUUUUAAAUAAUCCACGUCCGAACUGAAGUCCCAUGUUCUUAGAAAUGUCCAUUUCAUUCACAACUCAAAUCUCAGUGUUCACAUACAGCGAGACACAACCAUUCUGCAGUGUAAGCUAGUGUUUUACACUCACAUUUCUGUGGCCCCACAUUUUUUGUAUUUUUUUUUUGUACUAAUUGGUAAAAUACAACUAUCUCCAACCAAACUGCAGACUUAAAGAUAAUUUCUUAACACCCACCCUCUACAGUACCUGAUCUGUUCUAUAGUCAACCAUGCCUCCUUCAUCUAAUGCCCAGAGAACACAGAUAUUUUUUUUUAAAUGUAGAUCCCAUCGUGUCACAAUAUUAUUCCAUUUCUGUCUUCUCAGUGUGUGUGUGUGAGUGCAUGUGUUUUUAAUGGUGUGAGAGUGUGUAUUUUUAGUGGUCUGUGUGUGAUGGUACACUUGGUCUUAUGUUAGGCAUGCGCUGAUGUCUCAAAAGUUGUAGCGGUCGUUGACUCAUGCACUUAACAUUUUAUUAUAUCAUCAACCACAUGGAUACAAAACAACCCAAACAAAAACAUAAUUAUUCAGCAGUGCGUCUGUAAGCUUUUGAGAAAACUCCAAAGAUGUCCUUUUUUUAUUGAUUAUUGCGAGAUACACUUGUGAAUCAAGAUGGUGGAUUCUGAAGUUUAGUUUCAGUGCUGUAAUGCAUGUUGUGGAAGUGCUGCUUACGGCUGCUACGGUCUGCUCCUCUUCACCGGGAGGGACUGUGCUAGUUGCUUUGCAGCUGAUUUGCAAAUGUAUUGAGGUGUUCAAUAAGUUCAAAGUGCAAUCUUUGGUGUGUGUGUGCGUGUGCACGCACAUGCGUGUGCGUGUGUGUGAUUGUAUGUGUGUGCAGUACAAAAACCUGUCCCUUUGGAUAUGUUUACAUUGUUAAUUUAUUUUUAAAUACGAUGAAUUGCUCUAUUUCUUGGACGCAUGAAACAUUAAUCUACUAAUCAUGUAAAAAAUGAAUACCUACAUUUUGCGCAACUACCCAAUCAAACCAGGACCUUCCAACCUUGAAAGGGAAAUGAGCAUUUCUUUUUUCCACAGCCUGUUGACUCAUGGCAUGGCCAAAGGGAAUUGGUGGUCAAAACGACCAAAGCCCUCAUUUUGUAGGAGAACAUCAUAAUUAUAUUGUUCCUAGCGGUUGUUUUCUUUUGCACGCAGCAUAGUUCUUAUGCUGAGGGGACCGGGCAGCUCUGGAUAUGAAACAUGUUCAGGAACUCAUCUCUCCUCCACUUUGACCGGGUUUUGCUUUUCUCUCUUACGAGCCGCUUUGUCUGAAGAGUACCUUUAGCUGUCAAAAGGUGAAGUUGUACGAAUGAAGAUAUUUGUACUGUGAUGACAUUGCUAUUUUUGUGAAGGCCGUCUAUGGCCCCAGCUCAGACUGUAUGGAUCAAUGACCAUGUGGAUUAUGGGAUAUUGAUGAUGGCUCAGUAGCGAGACUCACAAAACGUUUGCUUGCAACCGAUCUGUAAGUAAAGCAUUGGUGAAGUGUAUACAUUAAAUGUCAUGUCUAUGCA